AUGCCUUGGUCAGGCUGAAAUUUGCUGUAGUAACAAUGCUGCGGCCAUUUCUAGAACAUUGUGACACUGACGCGCAAUUGCUCAGUCCUAAACACAUUCUUUUUUGCGCAAAAUUUCAUGCGUAUUGCCCCCUUAUGUUGUCACCACGGCAGUUGGGAUAAGGAUGCCCCAUCAAUAGCCAUCUACGUCAUUGAUUUCUGAGUCUGCACCACAGCAAUUGCUGCGAACCAUCUGGGCAAUGCCACCACCCAAAACUCCUCCUAGAGCGGAGAGUUAUGGUACCUUUGGUGAUGACAGCAGACUGCCAGCUCUGGGUUGUUUCUUGGACGCGGACCCCAGGCCAUCUUUUAUCGUGCCCAUCAACGAAAUUGGCCCAAUACCGUUUUCGCUAUCGUUUUGCAAUGAAGCUUUUCGCAAAGCAGGACUUGAGCAUGAUACUUUGCGAGAGGCCGAUGUUUCUAGGCAAUUCCGAGCAUGGUCUCAGGCUGUAAACCACUGGCGGGAGGAGUAUAACUUUGCCGGGAGAAAAUGGACGGCAUUCAAAAUUCAAGGUCUUUGGAAAUGCAUUCAGUCGCCAGGCGCGACAGAGCUCACAGACCCGAAGGCAGCUUACAGCCAUUUGAACGCGUUAAGCGCUCUAAAAGGCCUCGAGGAGGCCAAGUUAGCCGAUGCAAGGGUCGCAAGUUUGCACAAGAUGAUGGAAAUGAGCGAUGUUGGCACUUUCGAGUACAGUCCUCAGGGCUCUUUAGUGCGAGCGAACGAAUCGUGGUAUAGAUUGAGUCUACACCCUAAACCGAGCGAGUCUCAUACAGACUUUUCGUUUAUGGAUCUCGUCUAUCCUCCAGACGGUCCUCUGGUUUUGUCAAAGUGGAACAAUCUUGCCCAGGGGACCCCGGUAACUUUCGAGAUGAGAUGGAAAGGCAAAAACUGGGAAGAUCCUGCGGGAGGAGAGGGCCCUGGCGAUUACCAAUGGAUACUUUCUGCCUGCGUACCGAUAAUGGAUAAAGACGGCAAACUUAUUAGCAUCGCUGGUAAUACGAUCGACAUCACUGCUCAGAAGCAAGUUCAGCAGGAAGCAUUACAACGUGCAGGAGCCCUGGAGCGAGCUCGUGAAAGUGAACGCAAGUUCGCACGGUUCGCUCUUCUAGCACCAAUUGCCAUUUAUAUUUGCAACGGAAAAGGAAGAAUGACUUAUUGCAACAAUCGAUUCUUCGAGCUGACAGAGCACCCUUCUGAGGACGCAUUUAGAAACAUUAAUUGGGAUUCAAUUGUCUUUCCGGAUGAUCAAGCUAUUUUGCACGACCAGUGGAAACAGCUCCUUCACGACAAAGAACAUACGCAGGCGCAUUUCCGACUAAAGCACACGUGGGAUCUUGGGGAUGGCACGCUACGUCAAGCAUGGUGUGAGAGUCAAGCAAUCCCAGAACUUGACGAUGAAGGGAAUGUUGUUUCUAUAUUCGGCACCUUGACUGACAUUUCACGUUUCAAAUGGGCGGAGGAAAUCCAGAAGUCACGAAUGGAGGAAGCUCUUGAUGCGAAGCACAAGCACGAAAAUUUCAUUGACAUGACCUCACAUGAGAUGCGCAAUCCACUUUCGGCCGUUAUACAAUGUGCUGAUUCGACCAUUGAAUCUUUGAACAUGGUUUUAUCGCUCAUUGACAAACGACUUAAUCAGGACGCUCUUAAAUCGCAAAUUCAUAAUGAGCUUAAAGCUUGCUUAGACUCGCUGAACACGAUCAUUUCAUGCUCUAUACAUCAAAAACGGGUCAUUGACGACGUGCUGACAUUAUCAAAGAUGGACUCUAAUCUUCUAGCCAUCGCGCCCAUUAAAUCCGAGCCUGCGGCCAUUGUUGCAGAGGCUGUUCACAUGUUUGAGCUCGAAUGUAAUAAGGACAGCAUCAGUCUUAGCUUCGUUGAGGACCCAUCGUUACGGGAGACUGGGGCUUACUUUGUGAUGAUGGACCCAAGUCGAGUUUUGCAAAUUCUAAUGAACCUCCUGACCAAUGCUAUCAAGUUCACGCGAGACAGACCGACUCGCAGCAUUGAAGUCAGCUUAGGUGCAUGCUGGGUCCGCCCUUCUGAUCGAUCCAAUGGCUUUCCGUAUGCAAAGAUCAGCACCGAUGCAACCGGCCUUUUAGACAGCUCAGAAUGGGGUAGCGGCCGCGAGGUGUUUAUCUGGAUCAAGUGUCGUGACACAGGGUGCGGAAUGACCAUGGCGGAACAGAGCAAUCUGUUUACAAGGUUUUCUCAAGCCACACCACGGACACAUAUACGUUACGGAGGGAGCGGCUUAGGUCUCUUCAUUUCGAAGAAAUUGACCGAACUACAAGGCGGCGCAAUCGGUGCCAAAUCAGACCCAGAUACUGGCUCAACAUUUGCUUUCUUUGUCGCAACGCGUAUGGCCUCUCCUCCUACGCCGGCAACGAAAUUUGAAACCCAUACAGAACAUCCAUUUCUGCUCAACAGGACUUGGAGUAGUGACUCAAAAGUCAGUGCGUCACGUAACGUAGAGAAGGCACCACAAUACUCCGUGCUCAUUGUGGAAGACAACCUCGUCAAUCAAAAAGUAUUAUCUCAGCAACUGCGCAAAGCAGGCUGUCAAGUAUACGUCGCCAAUCAUGGCAAAGAGGCUUUAGAUUUCCUCCGCAAAACCGAAUACUGGGCUUCACAUUCCUCUUUUGCCUCACAAGCAGCUUGUCCAUCACCGCCAACGUCGUCGGAAGAGGUACCGAAUUUACCCAACAAACCCAUAAUUCUCUCGCUCAUCUUGAUGGACAUUGAGAUGCCCAUAAUGGAUGGCCUAGCAUGUACACGCGAGAUACGAAACCUUCAGGAAAGCGGUGUCAUUAUUAAACAUAUCCCCAUUAUGGCGGUUAGCGCAAACGCACGGAGCGAACAGGUAGCACAGGCUCGCGAGGCGGGCAUGGACGAUGCUAUCUCGAAACCAUUCAGGAUACCCGAGUUGAUGCCCAAGAUAGAGGCUUUGGUGAAUGGGGACGGACCAGCAAUGGUUCUGCCCUCUAAGGUAAAGCUUGUCUAGAAACCGGGCACGGUUAUUAUUGCAUUAGAAACGGGAAGGUGGAUUUACAGGCUCAGGCAGCAUACACAGCGGUAAGGUUCAAGCAUUGGGUAGUAAGCACAAAAAUCCGGCGUUUUCGGAAUGAGCGUAGAAAUUAAGAUACCAUUGUAGAAGAAAUAAUGGCUAAACAGUUUUCAGCUUCGUCCACGCUGUCACCUAGGAUACCAACUUUCGCUCACUGUUUUUUUUAU